UGCCCGGCUUUGAUCUCUGCUUAACAACAGUAACGUCACACGGACUACAGGGGAGUUCUGUUGGAAGUUGCAAAGUCCUAGAGCCUCCAGAGGGCUGUCGGCGCAGUAGCAGCGAGCAGCAGCGUCCGCGCGCUCCGGCGAGGGGCAGAAGAGCUCGAGGGAGCACGGGGGCAGCAGGAGCUAAAGCCGAACGCGGACCCAGCCCGGGACCCACCGCCGCCCCAAGCCGCCUAGCAGAGCCCCAGCCAUGGCACACCAGCUCCUGUGCUGCGAGAUGGAGACCAUCCGCCGGGCGUACCCCGAUGCCAACCUCCUCAACGAUCGGGUGCUGCGGGCCAUGCUCAAGGCGGAGGAGACCUGCUCGCCCUCCGUGUCCUACUUCAAGUGCGUGCAGAAGGAAAUCCUGCCUUCCAUGCGGAAGAUCGUGGCCACCUGGAUGCUGGAGGUCUGCGAGGAGCAGAAGUGCGAGGAGGAGGUCUUCCCGCUGGCCAUGAACUACCUGGACCGCUUCCUGUCCCUGGAGCCCGUGAAAAAGAGCCGCCUGCAGCUGCUGGGAGCCACCUGCAUGUUCGUGGCCUCGAAGAUGAAGGAGACCAUCCCCCUGACGGCCGAGAAGUUGUGCAUCUACACCGACAACUCCAUCCGGCCGGACGAGCUGCUGCAAAUGGAGCUGCUCCUGGUGAACAAACUCAAGUGGAACCUGGCGGCCAUGACCCCGCACGACUUCAUCGAGCACUUCCUCUCCAAAAUGCCGGUGGCCGAGGAGAACAAACAGAUCAUCCGCAAACACGCGCAGACCUUCGUCGCCCUCUGUGCCACAGACGUGAAGUUCAUUUCCAACCCGCCCUCCAUGGUGGCCGCCGGGAGCGUGGUGGCGGCCGUGCAAGGUCUGCACCUGGGAAGUUCCAACAGCUUCCUGUCCUACCACCGCCUGACGCGGUUCCUCUCCAGGGUGAUCAGGUGUGACCCGGACUGCCUCCGCGCCUGCCAGGAGCAGAUCGAAGCCCUUCUGGAAUCCAGCCUGCGCCAGGCCCAGCAGCAGACCUUGGACCCCAAGGCCGCGGAGGAGGAGGAGGAAGAGGAGGAGGUGGACCUGGCCUGCACGCCCACCGAUGUUCGCGACGUGAACAUUUGAGGCGCCGCAGCCAGGGAGGGGCCGGCCCGCGCUCCCCAGACGGAGCCGCUCAGGCCCGGCCACCCCCGGGGGAGAGGCCCGCCCCUCACCACUGGCGUUCCCCUCUGCUCUGUCUCCCUCCCACCUCUGACUUAAGCGAAAGGCAAAAAAAAAAAAAAAAAAAAAAAAGUACCUGAAAACCUGUCUUUAAAAAACAACAACGACAACAGAAAAAGCGAGGAAAAAAAUAGUAUUUGCAUGACCCUGAGCUGGCGGGGGAGGUGGGUCAUGCUGCAGAAAUAGAGGAUUUUAUACCCCAUAAUCAACUAGUUUUUCUAUUAAUGUGCUUGUGUCUGUUGUAAGAGUAGAAUUAAGAUGAGCAAGUGUGCGGGGAGGGUUAGAUGUGAUUUCUUUCCGUGUUGAAAACAAACAAAAAAAGCAUAAACAUGUUUUUAAAGAAUAGAAAAAAAGCCCACCACCCGUUUGUAAAGUAGAAGAGGGUUUUAGCUAGAGAAACAUACCUGUGUGCUUUUUUCCCAAGCACGGCUUUAAAGCAGUCCUAGGCAUCCUGUGUCUUGCUUAUGCAUGUAGUCACUUUAUAAGUCAUUUGUGCGUGUUUAUUUUAUUUCGUAGGUAGGCGUGUGACCUUCACCUUAUCGGUGGCCGAUGUCACCUCUGUCUAGAGUAGCGCAGGCUUCGGCAUCGUCCGAUGCUGAAAGAGGCUCGUCGUCCUCUUUCUGCCUGCGCACCGGCCACCUGAGCGGUUUGUCGGGCGCCAGCCAGCGUAGCAGGGACGGAAAAGCCACCUCCGACUCCGCGCCCACCGCAAUAGUGACCUAAUAUAUUCUAUUUUUAUAAUCUUCCUAUUUUUGUAGUUACUUGUUCACGAGAUGCUGGUUUUUCACCCAACAGACCUGCAGCUCACAUCCAGGUGAAACCCACAGCUGGUUGGUUUUUGUGGUUGUUUUUCUGUUUUGUUUUGUUUUGUUUGUUUUUGGUUUUCCUCAAUAUUCCAGAACCAUUCCAUUUCAAAGCACUUUUGGUCCCGUAGUUCUAGGGGCUGUCUCUCUGUUUAUGUUGUGUGUGGAGGCGGGUGGGGAGCGAUUUCCUAGUGGAAUGGUUUGGGAAUAUUGCCGUGCUUGUGUGUGCACAGCGGAUUGCAAGGCAGGUGCAUGUUCGUGAAGUGGGGGGAAGCGAGCUGUUUUUGAAGGCGAGGUUCCAGUCAAGAAGCAGGACGUGUGCAUUCUCAAAUUGCCAGGAUGAUGUGUUUUUUUUUCCUUUUCUGUAGAAAAGCUGAAGUGUAGGAGUUCCCCUGGUGCCAACUGGUGUUUGAAGUAGGGCCUUAAAGGCUGACCUAGAGAACCAGCAGUUUCAGGGUUGUCUUUAGAUGUUUUGCAACGUUGAAGGUUUUUAAACACUAAAAUAUAUAAUUUAUAGUUAAGGCUAAAAAGAAUAUUUAUUGCAGAGGAUGCUCGUAAGGCCAGUACGAUUUAUAAAGUAAUGCAAUCUCCCGGUGAUUUACACACAGACACACACUUUUCUGCCUUAGAUGUUGCAGGUGUAGUACAGUUUAUGAAAGUUAGGUCCUUUUAUAGGAGAGGGGAAAAAAGAAACAGUCCCAAGAUACAACACAACGACUUUGAUUCGGCUGAUUUGGCCUGUCCGGCGUUUGCCAGAGGGACCCAAUCCGAGAGGCGUCAGAGUUACAGGACGUUCAGGGCGCUCGCGACGCGUUCUGACCCCAUCCUGUUCUUUGGAAACAACGAGAUGGAGCACAAAACCGGUAUAGACCAUUUGCACGUCUUGGCUACGUACCUUUUGUAGUUACUGUGGGGGGGGGGUGUUGAAGGAGCGAGGAGGUGAGGGAGGGAGUGUGCGGGGGGCGGGCGCGGACCCCAGGCGACAGGCUGCGACUCCGUUUUCUCAUUCGCUGCUACCGAGGACUUCCCAGCACCGUUUGGAGACAGACUCCCCACGCUUCUCUUUCACGUUGUUUUGCUGCUAUUGGAGGAUCAGUUCUUCUGUUCUGUUUUGUUUUACAGUGUCAUAUACUGCCAAGUUCUAGGCUGAAUUAUCUCAUAGAAAGAUGUAUUACGGAUGCCUUUUUUUUUUUUUUUUUUUUUUUUUUUUUUUUUUUUUUUUUUAUGUGAUCAAUUUUGACUUAAUGUGAUUACUGCUCUAUUCCAAAAAGGUUUCUGGUUCACGAUACCUCAUGCUUCACUUAGCCGCGUGUAAACCAGGCGGCCAGGCCUUGUCUGACCCACAGCCUCUUUGCUUCAGCAAACAGACAGGGGGACGAGACCCCCCAGAAAGGGCCUGGCGGGGGCCCCCCCAAGGGCCGGCGUUCCCGAGGACCCCCGGGCGGCUCUGGAGACAGGCCACGUCCGUGUCCUCUGCCCUGGGCCUGGUUUGCUGGACUCGUCACCAGAUCUGGGACUUUCCCUGAUAGGGAGUUCUUUCUACAGCCCAUGUGACCCUUGUGUGUAGCUAUGAAAGUUGCAUUAUUAUUAUUGUUAUUAUUAUUAUUAUUAUUGUAACGAGUAUGCCUUAACGUGCCACCGUGGUGCUGUGCUGUAGGACUCAGUCACUGGGUGAUUGGAAUGGCUUCUGGAAUGCGUUACAGGUUGGGAGUGCGUUGCAUCUGUUACUGUGUUCUGGAGCUGUUUUGUCAUUCUGUUCAUUACUGCAAAAUGCUAAUUGAAAGAAACUCCAAAUCUCCGCCAAGCCAGCUAACCGUGCUGUGUGCCCGAGAGCCGCCUAGCAUGCUGCCGAACCCAAAGGAGCUGCACCGUUGGCGGGGAGGGCGGGGGUCCCCGCCGGGGAGGGGGGCUGGGGGGGGCCAGGUGCUCCAAAGCCACAGGCCGGCCCCGCCCCGCCCGCAGGCUCACCGCUUCCGCUUACCUCAACCAUUCUGGCUGCAGCGUCUCUGAACCAAACGGGGUCCUUGAGGGACGACCGGUCCGUGGUGGGGGGGUGACAGGUGUGCUCCAAGGCCAGAGGCUGGCCCGUGACUGGCAGGUCUGAGGGGGCUGGGCGGGCGGCACUUGGGGUCUGUGUGGUUUGGCUGCGCGCUGCCCUGUUCCCCGGCGCACAUGUGUAACUGGCACGUUUCCAGCAGGAAACAAGACAAACGUGGAAAGUCUAGAAAUAAAAUUGGUAAAACCCCCA